AUGGCAGAAUCUACUCCGAUGGAAAUCCAGCCUGCAACUGUAACCGAGCCAAUGCCGGCUAAGCCAAUCUUUAAGCCGUUGAAAGCUCAUGAGAUGUCUGAUGGGAAAGUUCAAUUCAGAAAAGUAUCCGUCCCAUCAAACCGGUACACUCCUCUCAAGAAAGCUUGGUUAGAUAUCUACACACCGGUCUACGACCAGAUGAAAAUUGACAUCAGGAUGAAUCUCAAAGCACGCAAAGUCGAGCUCAAAACCCGAGCUGACACACCUGAUGUUAGUAACCUUCAGAAGUCUGCGGAUUUCGUACACGCUUUCAUGCUCGGUUUCGAUAUCCCUGAUGCUAUUUCGCUUCUGCGAAUGGACGAGCUGUAUGUGGAAUCUUUUGAGAUCAAGGAUGUGAAGACCCUUAAAGGGGAGCAUCAGUCCCGAGCUAUCGGGAGAUUGUCAGGGAAAGGAGGGAAGACGAGAUUUGCGAUUGAGAACUCAACAAAGACAAGGAUUGUGAUUGCAGACACAAGGAUUCAUAUAUUAGGAGCUUUCUCUAACAUUAAAGUCGCAAGGAGUUCACUAUGCAGUCUUAUUAUGGGAUCUCCAGCUGGUAAGGUUUACUCCAAGCUCCGUGGAGUCUCUGAGAGAUUAGCAGAACGGUGUUGA